UGAUGCUGCUAAAUUAAAACUGAUCCUUUCAUGUUGAUGUUCUACUUAUAUAAGAUAACAACCCAAUUGAUCAACUCAUCCAUUUUCAAUAUUUUUCAUUUGCAUGGCUGUUUGUAAUCGUCUCCAAAUUAAAAUUCCUAUUUUUUUUUUGUGGUUUUCGUUGCUGCUGCCCCUGUCAAAUUUGUUCUUUGGCAUCCAUGCAUCUUUGGCUUCUGGCGUAUGCCUAAGCGAUCAACGAUCCUUGUUAAUGCAAUUACAUUCGAGCCUCGUCUUCAAUGGCAUUACUUCCACAAAGCUGGUGAGAUGGAAUUUCAGUGCAGAUUGCUGUGAGUGGGCUGGUGUAACCUGUGAUGGUGGCGGUCUGGGUCGCGUUAUUGGCCUCAAUUUGAACGAUGAAUCAAUUUCCGGCGGACUUGAGAAUUCAAAUGCACUCUUCAGCCUUCAAUAUCUCCAGAAUCUAGAUUUGUCUUUCAACAAUUUCAACACAAGUAUACCACAGAGUUUUGCCAACCUCUCAAAUUUGGUUUCUCUGAAUUUGUCCAACGCUGGUUUUGUGGGUCAAAUUCCAGUUGCGAUUUCACGCAUGACAACGUUGGUCACACUUGAUUUGUCUUCUAGGCUUUAUUACUUGGGACAUCGUUCGCUGAACCUUGAGAAUCCAAAUCUCGCAAUGCUAGUUUUAAAUCUCAACAGGCUCAUAGAACUCCAUCUUGAUGGUGUAAAUAUAUCCUCACAUGGGAACGAGUGGUGCAGAGCCUUAUCGUCUUCACUGCCUAAUCUGCAAGUAUUGAGCUUGUGCAAUUGUUUUCUUUCAGGCCCUAUUGAUUCUUCCCUCGUAAAGCUUCCGUCUUUGUCAGUAAUUCGUUUGAACGGCAACAAUUUAUCUGCCCCAGUUCCAGAAUUCUUCGCAAAUUUCUCCAAUUUGAAGAUCUUGAGCCUCAGUGAUUGCAGUUUGCAAGGAAAGUUUCCUCCAGACGUAUUCCAGGUACCAACACUUGAGAUUCUGGACUUAUCAUACAACAUAGAGCUGUGGGGAUCCUUGCCAGAUGAUUUGCAGAAGUCCUCUCUUAAGACCUUGGUGCUUAGCAACACAAAUUACUCAGGGAGCCUACCGGAUUCCAUCGGCACACUUGGGAAUUUGUCCAGAAUAGAGCUUGCAGCUUGCAAAUUCAAUGGAUUGAUUCCGAUGUCAAUCGCCAAGCUCACUGAACUCGUCUAUUUAGACUUCUCAUCUAACUCGUUCAGUGGCCCAAUCCCAUCAUUUAGCAGGUCCAAGCAACUCGUGUAUAUAGACUUCUCUCACAAUCAAUUGUCUGGUGAGAUUCUGUCCACUCACUUCGAAGGCCUUUGGAAUCUUCUCUAUAUCGACUUGAGGUUUAAUUCACUUAGUGGGAGCAUUCCUCCAUCUCUGUUCGCAAUCCCAUCGCUGCAGAAGAUUCAGCUUUCCUUCAACCAAUUUACGGGUCAACUUCCUGAAUUCUCAGGUGCGUCAUCUUCUUCUCUGGAUGCCCUGGAUUUGAGCAGCAAUAAACUAGAAGGUCCCAUUCCCAUUUCAAUAUUUGACAUCAAAAGACUCCAUGUCCUUCUACUUUCAUCCAACAAAUUCAAUGGCACCAUACAACUAGACAGGAUUCAGAAGCUUAGAGACCUCCACGGGAUUGAUCUUUCAUACAACAAUUUGACAGUGGAAAAUGCUAGCAAAUCGACCUCAAGUUCCUUUCCCCAGAUCAGCACAUUAAAACUGGCUUCUUGCAAGUUGCGUAUGUUUCCAAAUCUGAGCAACCAGUCAAAAUUAACAUUGUUGGACUUGUCAGACAACCAAAUCACUGGGGUAGUUCCUAGUUGGAUUUGGGAAGUUGGUAGUGGAUCUCUCCUCUAUCUGAAUCUUUCACAUAAUCUCUUGGAGGAUUUGGAACAACCUCACUGUGCUCCCAAUCUUGCUGUUCUGGACCUACAUUACAACCGGCUCAAAGGGCAGAUUCCAACUUUUCCGCCAUUUGCUACUUAUGUGGAUUACUCGAGCAAUAACUUUACUUCUGUCAUACCAGACAACUUUGGAACUAACCUCUCAUCAAUGGCUAUUUUUUUAUCCCUUUCAAACAACAGCCUCACAGGCGUUAUACCAGAGUCGAUAUGCAAUGCUACUUUUCUUCAAGUUCUUGACUUGUCCGACAAUGGCUUGAAUGGUAGAAUCCCAUCCUGUCUAAUUGAGAGGAGUAAGAAUCUUGGCGUUUUGAAUUUAAGGAAAAACAACUUCGGUGGCAACAUUCAAGACAAUUUUCCGGCAAAUUGCCAUUUGAAAACUCUAGAUAUGAGUCGGAAUCUAUUGGAGGGGAAGGUACCACAAUCUUUGAUCAAUUGCAACACGUUAGAGGUUUUAGACCUUGGAAGCAAUAAAUUCAAUGAUACUUUCCCAUGUCUUCUGAGGAACAUGUCCAGUUUGCGAGUUCUUGUUUUACGAGAUAACAAUUUUUAUGGGAACAUAUCAUGUACACGGACAGAUGUCAAAUGGACAAACCUUCAGAUUGUUGACAUAGCUUCCAACAAUUUUAGUGGUAGACUACCAAAUACCAUCCUAUCUAGUUGGAAAGCAAUGAUGGGAGGUGGAAAUGAAACUCAUGAUUACCUGAAAUUCGAAGUUCUGCGGCUUAGCCAACUGUAUUAUCAAGAUUCAAUAACAGUUAUCAGCAAAGGCCUUGAGAUGAAUUUGGUGAAGAUCCUAACAAUCUUCACAUACAUUGAUGUGUCUCACAACAAAUUUGAAGGGCUAAUACCAGAAAAUUUAGGGCAGUUAAAUUCACUUAUUGUUCUCAACUUGUCGCACAAUGCUCUUGUUGGCCAAAUCCCAUCAGCUUUAGGCAGCAUCUCACAGCUGGAGUCCUUAGACCUUUCGGAUAACAAACUUAGUGGAGAAAUUCCUCAGCAGCUUGCAGACCUAACAUUUCUUUCAGUCCUGAACCUCUCAUACAACAAGCUAGUCGGAAAGAUUCCGACAAGUACUCAACUCCAAUCAUUCUCAGCAUCUUCCUUCGCAAAUAAUAAAGGAUUAUUCGGACCUCCAUUGACAAAAACAUGUACAAAUAUCAGUACCGUGUCUGAUUUUCCGCCGAGACAUGGAGCAGAGAUCAAAUGGAAUUACUUGAGUAUUGAACUAGGAUACGUCUUCGGGUUAGGAAUUGUUGUUCUGCCUCUGAUGUUGUGGAAGCGCUGGAGAAUAUGUUAUUACAAACACAUUGAUGGGAUUAUUGUCAAGAUGUUCCCCAAGCUAUGUGACAGAAUCAGGAACUCUCAGAGGAGGAGAUACUAACAAUUCUGAAGAGGACCAAUGCAGCCAGAGAAUCACUAUUUUACUUAGAACUGCGUCAUCAUCUCCAACUGCAUUCUGCUCAUUAACCAUGAUAAUCCUUUCUGUUAUUUUCUCAUUGAUAGCAUGGAUCUGCUUCAAAUAUGCGUGUGUAUGAUUUUCUUUUUCUUAUCAAUGUAGUUGAUUGAAGGUACUUAGGAUUAACUCAAAUGAAUGAUUUUGCAAAACUUGCAAAAUCAUUCAUGAUUUUAACUGUGAGAUGGGAUAGCGCGAGUACCUUGACAGCAGUUCUCGAGUUUGAAUCCUGAGCACAUUUGGGAGAGUCUAACCGUUUACUAAUUCCAUACUCACAUCAGCUCUUGGCCAAUUCUCUCAUCGAGUGAUUUACCAUCAUUGUGUAUAGCAAUUACAUAGUAUGAUAAU